AUGGUAGAUUCAAUCCACCGUAUUGCAUCGGCGCUGGAUACGGCUAAAGUGAUAACGAGGGAAGCUGCCGCGGUAGCCACCUCUAAAUUGGGUGAAUCCUCGUACACUUAUUAUUCUCAAAACAUUAAUCCUCAACAGUUGGUCACUUUGUUAAAUUCUAGGAACUCUAGAGAAGUUAGAGAUGCCAUGAAAAGAAUCAUAUCUAUAAUGGCUUCCGAUGAUGACUCUAUUGACGUUCAAUUAUACUUUGCUGAUGUUGUAAAGAAUAUUACAACUAAUGACACCAAAGUGAAAAGACUUAUUCACCUAUAUUUACUUCGAUUUGCUGAAAAUGACCCAAAUCUGACCUUGUUAUCCAUUAACUCACUGCAAAAAUCAUUGUCUGAUUCGAAUCCCGAACUGAGAUGCUUUGCUUUGAGUACUCUCUCUGACAUGAAAAUGUCGUCAUUAGCACCUAUAAUUUUGCAUACUGUCAAGAAAUUGGUUACAGAUCCGUCUGCGAUGGUUCGUGGUGAAGUUGCCUUGGCCAUUAUCAAAUUAUAUAGGGCUGGAAAGAGUGACUACCAUGAAGAAUUAUUGGAUAUUCUAAAAGAAUUAAUGGCAGAUACGGACCCUAAGGUGAUAUCCUGCGCCAUCCUGGCUUAUAAGGAAUGUUACUCCGAUUACUUGGAGCUGUUACAUGGACAUUUCCGCAGGUAUUGUAGAAUAAUUAAGCAGCUAGACUCAUGGUCACAAUCAUAUUUAAUUGAACUGCUGAUCAAAUAUUGUAAGCAGUUCUUGCCAAAACCUACUGUGGUUGAUAAGUCAUCAGAAGGUUCUUCAAGAAGCUGCCCUUUACCAGAUAAAUAUAAUGAGAUUGAAUACCCACUUUACGACGUGGUAAAUGAUCCUGAUUUAGAUUUAUUUUUACAGAGUUUGAAUCGUCUAAUUUAUAGUUCCAGCCCUACAGUGAUUUUAUCGUGUUGCAAUGCCCUAUAUCAGUUAGCUUCACCAUUGCAGAUGAAAAACACUAAAUUCAUUGAAGCAUUGGUCAGAACAGUGAUCACGACAGCAAAUCAAGGCAACAAGGAAACGCUUUUACAAGCAAUUCAUUUUUUAUCAACCUUAGAUCAAACUCUAUUUUUACCUUACACCAAGAAAUUCUAUAUUUUACCCAAAGAUCCUAUCGUGGCAUCCAUUUGGAAGAUCCAGAUUUUAUCCACGUUAAUAAACGAAUCAAACGUUAAAGAAAUAUUCAAAGAAUUGAAAUAUUAUGUAGCCAGCGCUCAUCUCCCAGAAAAAGUUGUCAUUAUGGCGGUCAAGUCAUUAUCUCGAUGUGGCCAAUUGUCAACGAGUUGGGAAUCUCAUGUAAUGAAGUGGCUAAUUGAUCAUAUGGAAUCCCACAACUUGUCUGCUUCUGUCCUAGAUGCAUACGUAAAUGUUAUUAGGAUGCUGGUGCAAAAAAAUCCUACAAAACAUUUACGCAUAAUCUUCAAGCUUGCUGAUUUGUUAACAGUUCAAAGGAGUUUGGCUGAUAAUGCUCGUGCAGGUAUUGUUUGGUUAUUUGGUGAAAUUGCGUCAAUUGAAUUUAAGAUAUGUCCGGACGUUUUGAGGAAGCUGAUUCCGAAUUUUUCAGAUGAGGGCCCUGAAACAAGAUGUCAGAUCUUAGUGUUAUCAGCAAAACUGUUAUCAUAUGACAUUGAUAGUUUCAAGCAAGCGCAAAUUGCUGGAAGCGGUGAAUCUAAUAGUGAAGAAAAUAACCAGAAUAAUUCAUACUAUGAUUUUAGCAGUUCAAGAAUUUCUCAAAUGUACAAUGCGGUCCUUUACUUGGCAAAAUAUGAUGACGAAUUUGAUAUUAGGGAUAGAGCGAGAAUGAUUUCAUCCUUGUUUGAUUCAGGAAAAUAUGAGAUUGUGUCAUUGUUAUUGCAAGCGCCUAAACCUACGGCAAGGAAUGACGAUUUUAUCGUCUCUGCCAGAUUGGAAACACAUGCUCCAGAAAUUAAGGAUUUUUUUAGAAUGCUUCCUUGGAAUACAGAAAUUACCGAUAUUGGCGAAACAGAUAACGAUGUUAGAGAAGGCGUAGAAUUGAAGGACUAUAACAAAUACAAAAAGAGCUUUUCCUCUCAAUCUUUCAUCACUAACAACUCAGCAAGAUCAUUUGCGUCAAACCCCAAUGCAAAUUCAACUGAUAUCAGUGGCGGUGAUGGCAAUAGCAUCUCAGGUAAAGGUAGCGUAAACGCCUUCACCUCUCAAAACGGGAAGAAAUAUCGCUUGCAAAGCCUGGACGAAUUUUUUUCCGACAUACCAGAAAGGAAGAGUAAACCAAAGAGAAUCAUAAAGGUAGUGGAAGAAAGUAGUGACGAGGAUGAAGACGACUCGGAAGAAAGCGGUGACGAGGAUGAAUCGGACGAUGAUGACUACAGUGACUCUUCUUUGGGAACAUCCUCUUCUUCUUUGGAGCUUUAA